AGAAGAUAGCAAUUUACAACAGCUGAACACUAGUAGAGAAAACCAAAGCACAAGCUGAAUACAUUGAAGUCAACAAGCAAGUGAAGAAGGGUAUUAAAGCCGACAAACAGAAAUACAUGGAAGUACUAGCAACGACGGCGAAGAAAGGUGCAAGAGGUGGAAAUAUGAAGCAGCUAUAUGAUACAAUGAAGACACUAGCAGAGAAAUAUGGUAAAGUAGAGAGUCCGGUAAAGGACAAAGAAGGAAGGGCAAUCACUGAAAAUCAAGAACGGAGGAACAGAGAGGUAGAAUACUUUGAGGAACUUUUGCAUAGACCAGGACGUUAUAUAGGACGGAAUCAAAAUGAACUGCAUACGAAGUUUAAGGAUUAUAUCAAAUACCAACCACCAGACAAUUUACCGGCUGAAGUACUGGAGUCAGACGGGGAAAGAACUGCGAAGAUCAUCCAUGUUCCAUUCGGGAAGAUUUGGCAUCACACUACUGUCAGCAACAGCGAAAGUCUUUAACAGAGUGUCGCUGUACCGGAUGAAAGAUGCAGUAGAUGCCCAACUUCGAGACAAACAAACUGGAUUCCGUCAGGAUCAUUCGUGCACAGACCGAAUUGCGGUUCUACAUAUCAUCGUCGAACAAUCAGCUAAGUGAAACUCGUCACUGUACAUCAACUUCAUUGAUUACGAAAAGGCAUUUGACAGUCUAGAUAGAAGAAUUUUUUGGAAACUUCUUCUACACAAUGCAGUUCUUCAGAAGAUGGUCAACAUUAUACGGAACUAAUACGACGGACUACAGUGCAAGGUCGUGCAUGGUGGACAGCUGACAGAUGCAUUUCGAGCGAGGACGACGUCAGACAAGGCUGUCUACUCUCCUCCUUCCUCUUUCUUCUGAUGAUCGACUGGAUUAUGAAGACCUCGACAUCUGAGGGAAAACAGCUCAGAACCAGUUAAACGAUUUGGACUUUGCAGAUGACCUAUCUCUCCCAUCCCAUACACAUGAACAAAUGCAGAUGAACUGAACUCGUGGAGCAGCAUCCUCUGCAUCAGUAGGCCUUAACGUACACAAAGGGAAAUUUUGGAAGAUCUAGAAUUGUUCAUGUACCUGAAAAGCAUGAUCGAUGAACAGGGAGGAUUAGAUGCAGGCGUAAAUGCGAGGAGUGGCAAAGCAAGGGUCGCAUUCCUACGACUGAA